CCGCAUGGCCCGUAUGAGUCAACGGAGUGGUUAACGAGUUAUACCCAAAAACUGACUUCUGGAGGUCCGGUUCCGGAGCUGCUAAAAAUUGUCUCGUGCGUCUUUCUUGAUACAUAAAAUCGAUACCCACCCCCACCCUUUCUUUUCCGGGCUAUCCACCUCUCAUUUGCCUACUUGUAUCUCUUCCCUCUUCACGUUGGGUUCGUUCAACCACAAUGGCAUCGUUCCCCAGAGACAUCAACGCAAGCCCGGAGGGCUCGAAUGUGAAUGCGUCGCAAAACUUGAAUCUCUCGAGCUCCCCAUCCGCAUCGUUCCAGUCGCACUCGCCAAGUCAUGGAAGCUCCGCUCUCACGAAUCGAAUAAUCCCCUUGCCCAAUGCAAAGCACCUGAAGCCAUUUGCAACCGAGGACAUCAAGGUCCUUCUUUUGGAAAAUGUGAACCAAACCGGCCGAGAGAUCCUUACGAAGCAAGGCUAUCAAGUGGAAUUCUUGAAGUCGUCCUUACCUGAGGACCAGCUUAUAGAGAAAAUUCGAGAUGUGCAUGUGAUUGGGAUCCGCUCGAAAACGAAGUUGACCGCUCGCGUCUUGAAAGAAGCUCGGAACCUCAUUGUUGUGGGCUGUUUCUGUAUUGGAACCAACCAAGUCGACCUCCAAUAUGCGGCAGACCACGGCAUUGCGGUUUUCAACUCUCCUUUUAGUAACUCACGAAGUGUCGCCGAGCUGGUCAUAGCUGAGAUUAUUGCCCUUGCUCGCCAGCUUUGCGAUCGCUCCAAUGAAAUGCACGCUGGCACCUGGAACAAGGUCAGCAACAAGUGCUGGGAGAUCCGUGGAAAGACCUUGGGCAUUAUCGGAUAUGGUCAUAUUGGCGCCCAGCUAUCGGUCCUUGCGGAGGCUAUGGGCAUGUCUGUGCUUUUUUAUGAUGUGGUAAACUUGAUGGCUCUGGGAACUGCCUGCCAGGUGCCUACCUUGGAGAGCUUGCUCUCGCAGUCGGACUUUGUCACCUGCCAUGUGCCCGAACUUGCAGAGACGAAGAACAUGAUUGGGCAACGUCAACUUGAGCAGAUGAAGAAGGGCAGCUACUUGAUAAACGCCAGCCGUGGAAGUGUCGUCGAUAUCCCGGCAUUAAUUCACGCAAUGCGUUCUGGCCAUGUUGCUGGCGCUGCUCUUGACGUUUACCCUAACGAGCCUGCUGGUAAUGGUGACUAUUUCAACAAUGAUCUCAACAGUUGGGGUGCCGAUCUCCGCGGUCUCAAGAACGUGAUUCUUACCCCUCACAUUGGAGGUAGCACGGAAGAAGCGCAACGUGCCAUUGGUGUCGAAGUGGGAGAUGCUUUGGUGAGAUACGUCAAUGAAGGCACAACUUUGGGCGCCGUCAAUCUCCCUGAAGUUGCCCUUCGUUCUUUGACGAUGGAUGAGCCGAACCAUGCUCGGGUGAUUUAUAUCCAUCAGAACAUCCCUGGUGUUCUACGGAAGGUGAACGAGGUCCUCGGCGACCAUAAUGUUGAUAAACAAAUGACCGAUAGUCGCGGAGAUGUCGCUUAUUUAAUGGCUGACAUCAGCGAUGUCGAUAACUCAACCAUUAAAGAUUUGUACGAAAGGCUAGAGAGCCUCUCCUCUCGCAUCAUGACUCGAAUCUUGUAUUGAGACAGGGUCUAUUGUGUCUGGGAAGAAAAAAGGAAGAAAUUCGAAUCGAUACGAAACGCUUCCCUUCACGAGUGCACUGGUACCAAUUCUUCAACGACACCGGUUUAACUUCCAGCGCGAUGGGGC